UUGUGUGCACUUCUCGUCGAUGAUGUUUGUAAACUGUAGUAACAUCAAAGGGUUAAAGUUAAAGGAAGCGUUGAGCGUCCUAUGAUAGCAUACAGAUGAGGGUUAUACGAUUCAUUGUUUGAUUAUUAUUGCGAAAAAAUGGUUCGCACCGAUUGGGAUCGGAUACUAUCCAUAAAUGCUUCGUCUUUAACAGACGAAGAAAUCGAGGAUCUUUUUCCCGCGGUAGUCCGAUGCGACGUGGACGAGAUCGUCGACAUACACGGAUUGCGAACGCUUGUGAGAUUGUCGCAAGAAAUGUUAACUUACAAAGAUAAUCAAGUCGAGGCUCUGCUUCUUGAGUGCGGAGAAUUGAAAGAAACAAUAGCAUCAUUACGUCCAGAAACUGCCAAACGAAAGAAAGAUCGUGGUAUGACUACAGUAAAACCAGAACAUGAUGGUUUUACUAAGGAUACAGAUUUGAGGGGAUAUUCAGACACACAAGGCAAAAGUGACAAAGUUAAGACACUUAUGGCUGAACUAGAAAAUUUGGACAAAGAAAAUGAGAUUCUUAAGGAGCAGCUAACAACAUUGAAAGAUGAAAUGGAAGAUGCAACAGAAAAAAUGAAUGAAAUGACAGAAGAACUUCGUUCAACUCAAAUAAAAGCUGUAGAAUACAAAGAAAAAAUAUUGAAAUUGGAGCAAGAAAAUGCAGCUUUGGUUAUUCAAAUUGAAGAAAUAACAGCACAACAAAUAGACAGAGAUAAAAUGUUGGAUGAAUUUGGUAUAGCUAUUGAUGCUAGAAUAUCUGAAUGGAAGGGUGUAUUGGAUGAGAAGGAUAGAGAGAUAACACGUUUGAAAGAAAGUUUGUCACAUUCUUUAAUGCAAUCGAUUACCUCAGUUAAAGAAGAAAAUAAAACACAGAUUGUUUAUCUGAAUGAUGAAAUAGCUCGUAGGGAUUCGAUUAUAGUUGAAUUGCAAACUAAACUUUCUGAAGCAGUUGUUGAAAUAAAUGAGAGUGCUGCACUUCUAGAAAAAUUAAAAGGAGAGACACAUGAAUCUGUAAGAAGUGAUAAGCGAAAAGAACAAAAAAAUUUGUUAAAAAAAGUACAAACUGCAAAUGAAAAGAUCUCUAGUUUGGAAAACGCAUUGUCACAAGCACAAGAUGAUGCUAAGUCGCAGAGUAGCAAAUUAUGCGAGGUAUUAAUAACAUUACAAAAAUAUGAAGAUGGAAAUCAGGCUUUAGCUAAAGCAUUGAACGAAAUUAAAGAAUUACAAAUUAAAAUCGAUCACAAGAAUGAACAUAUUGAAGAUUCAGCCAAUGUUAUUAAUAAAUUGGAGAUGUUAAAUUCAUAUCAAGAAAUGGAGAUCUUAACUCUUAGAGAAAAAUUAGGAAUUCCAGAAGAUGAAUCGAUAUCAAUUAAAAGUAUUGUAGCAAAACGUAAAGAGGAAUCCAAAAAAAUGGAAGAGCUAAUUCGGCAAAAUAAAAGUCUUGUACAGGAAAAUUUAGAAUUAAAAUCAGAUAUAAGGAUGUUAAAAUAUAAAUUGAGCAAGUCUGAAAAGAUAUUAGAUAUUUCGGAUAACUUAAAUGAUUCUAGUAAUCAGUUUUUACAUUCAACUAAAUUAUUGGAAUCGGAAAAUAUACAAAUAUCUUCUAAAACUGAUAUUUCUGAUCUUAAUCGAAAUAUUCAGAUACUUAUAGAAGAAAAUGAAGCACUUAGAACGGGCAUGCAUGAGAUUAUGGACAGUAUACGCAAUCAAGAUGGUAAGAGUGAAGUGGAAAUACAAUCCAGUACAUUGGAACGAUUACUGGAAGCUUUAGAUGUUAGACAUUUAGCUGGCUGGUACCAUCCAGCUAUGAGAUUGCAGGAACAUCUUAAUGUUGUACAGGGUAGUAAUGCUGAAUUAAGGUCACAACUUAAAUCGCUGAGAAAGGAAUUGCAAAGGAAGGAUAAAAUUUUACAAGAUCUGGCAGCAAAUAAAGAUAUAGAGUUCGAAAAAUUAUACGAGAAACACGGCGAAGAUGAAGUGAUAACAAUGUAUCUUGCAGAAAUGAAGGCUCUGCAAAUAGCAUAUAAAAAUGAAACGGAGGAAUGGGAGAAACAGAAAGAUUUGCUGGUUCAAGAAAAUAAUGAGUUGAAAGAUGAAAUAGAUGGUUUUAAAAAGCAACUAGAAAUUUAUAAGAAAAGUUGGAAGAUGAUAGAAGAUGGGGAUGACGAAGCUCAGAAAGCUUUCGUGGCAAAAACGAAAGAGUACGCGGAUGUCGCUAAUGAAAUAAUAGUUAUGAACAGGAAAAAUGUUAGUCUUCAACAAUUGCUUAACAAAGAAACUAACAAAUUAUAUGAAUAUCAAAAAGAUUUAAUUAAAAAAGAGAGUGAUUUUAAUAGAACGCUUACCGAGGCAAACAAAUAUAAUAAAACGUUGUUAUCAGAAAUCUCACUGUUACAAAGUAAUUUAUGUAAUUCUGUGAGUGCAAUAGUACACAACGAAUUGAAAGAAAAAUACGAAGAACUGAGUAUACGUCAUCGUACUUUAUUAGAAACUGUGAUGGCAUCUCCCAAUUCCAAUGAAAUAUCAUCUUUAAAGACUGAAAUAGAAGCGGUAAGACAAGAGAAAAAUCAACUCAUUGAGGAUUUGCGGAAAGCAGAUGAUUACGGAAACGGUGAUAGUUUACAACAAAGAUUGAAAGAGAUAGAAGCUAAGGAGUUGAUUGAAAGACAGCGAGCUGAUCAGAUGGCUCGAUUACUCGAAAUAUCACAAACACAGUUAACAAAAUACGAGGAUAACGUUAAACAACUUUCCAAUUCUAAUUCUGAAUUACAAGAGAAAUUGAUUGAGAUACACAAGGCAUUGUCUACAAAGAUAGCGCUGCAGGAAAAUAUACAAAUGGAUGAUAAUCGUAUACAAGAGUUGCAAAAUGAAAAAACGCAACUUUUUGUAGAGAAUGAAAGUUUGAAAAAAAUGCUACAAAUUUCUGAAGAGGAAGCUCGACUGCAAUAUUCGCUAAAUGCAUUGCAAACACUGGAAUUGGAUAGUUUUAGGCAUCAAAUAUUGGAUUUGCAAGCUGUAAGCGAAGACAAGGCCACUAUUUCGAGACUUGAUUUUGAGUUAACAAGUAAGAAGAUAUCAGAAAUGGAAUUAUCUGCACAGAAAACACGACUGCAGAAUGAGUUGUCUUUUGUGCAACAAGAACUUGACAAUUCAAAAAGGAAGUGCGAGGAAAUGCGUGCUUACAUACAGGAUUAUCGGAAACAAUGUGACACUCGUUGCAAGUAUUAUAUAGAUAUUAUAUAUUUUUUACAAUGCCAAUACGCGGGAUCAACUUCCAUAAGUACUUUAGAAAAGGUAAGCACAUUAGCAGCAAAAUUAAAAGCAGACCGUCAAAAUAUCGACGCAGAAAUGCAAAAGACAAAAAAAUGCCAUGAAGAUAUUAAAUAUGAACAGCAAUAUUUAUCUGCUCGCCUUGAAAUUGUGGAACGUCUGAAAGAUAUGUUAGAGCAACAAAUUGGCGCUGGAAGCGUCCAAAACAUAAUGGAACGUUAUGCCGAAACUUCGCAACAAACUUUAAGUGAUUUUAAAUACAAGAGAAGAAUAGCUCAUUUAGAGCAUGAACUUCAAAUUGCUAAUAGCAAAUUCAUUGAAUACGAGUCAGUAAUAAAUAGCAUGGAACAGGAUAUAUUAAAUAUUCAGAAAGCUUGGUGUCCACAGCAAGAACAUCAAAUUCGAAUUAAUACAAAUUUGGAAACAAAAUCUAUUCAAGUAAUGAUAGAUACUCAAGUAGCUAGUGUUCAAACGGAUCCUUAUGUUUGCUGCUUGAAUCAAAAAAUAGAAGGUACCAAGGAAACCGAUAAGGAAAUCAUAGUUUUUAAAGACAUUCAAAAACCUGUUAAAUCAAGUGAAACUACAGAAAAGACAUUCCGAGAAAUUGGAAAUAAUACAGAAGAAAGUGGUAGCUCAGUGAUCUGUAACGAGCAGCUGGAUCAAGCAUUGAAACUCGCAUCGGAACGCUCCAUGAUGCUUGCUAAAUGUGAGUCACAAUUAGCCGAGUACAAAGCGAAAGUAGAUGCUCUGAAUAAAGCGAUAGCGGAAAAAGAUUCGGAGUAUCAAAUAAAAAUGGAUACUCUGAACAAAGCACUCGAGGAAAAAGAUUCGCAGUAUCAAACAAAAGUCUAUACUCUGAACAAAACAAUUGAGGAAAAAACUUCGCAUCUUGCGCAAAAGCAAAAUAUACUUGACGAAUUAAUGAUCCAACCACAAGUUGUGAAUACUGAUUGUGCUGACAAAUUGGCUUUAAAGUCGAUAAUAAAUAGUUUGCAGAAAUUAAUUAAUCAAAAAGAAGAAACUGUUUUAAGAUACCAAAAUUUACUGAAAGAAGACAGAGAUGAACAUAGUCGGGCAGCCAGUCGUUUUCAGGACGAGAUUAAGUGUUUGCAUGAUUAUAUAUUGACUAUGCAAGGUAAAAUCCGAAAAAAUGAAGAUCCGAUUGUAACUAUAAAAAAUGUUUUUGAAAAAGCAUCGACGUUUGAUGAAACUACAGCGAGAAGCAGUGCUGUGCAAGAAGAAGAAAUUGCGAGACUGCAUGAAAAGGUAUCCACUUUUGAAGCAGAAUUAAAUAUCAGCAAAGAACUAAGUGAACGCUGGCAUCAAUUAGCAGAAGAAAGACUGAAGCAUAUGGAUCGUAUGCGAGAAAGACUAGAGCAACAACAUAAAAAUGAAUUGGAGAGUUAUCGUGGUGAAUUACACAAAUGGCAGUCUGAGGCUGACGUACUUAGACAACAACUGGCUGAGAAUCGCAUGUUACUUACGAAAGGAAAUAUUUCACUGAUGAAAGAGCUACAAGACAAAGAUGACAAAAUACAUGAGUUAACUCUUGCUUGUCAACAACUACAGAAUGAAGUUGAAUUAAUAGAAUCUGCAAAUCGAUCUCAUCAAGUGAUAGUUCAUAGUCGUGGCGAUCCGAAAGCGCACGAAACAACACACAAUAGUUACCGCGAUCAAACGCAACAAAAUCAAAUGGAUGUUUUACGUCGACAGCUUCAGUCUUUAAUGGAAAAGGAAAAAAUGUAUAAAUACGAAAUAACUGAUUUGAAGCAGCAGCUUAGUCGCAGAUACAUGGCAGUAAAAACUCAGGAGAAGAAAAUAUCACAACGUGAAACGCAGCUUGAGCGCAAAGUGGCAGCUUUAGAAGAAGAAUUGCAUAAAACAAAAACUCAAUUAGAUCGUGAAUAUUUGGCACAGGAAGCUAAAAGAGUUAAGACUGCAGAAGAACUUUCCUUGUGGGAGAAACAGAAAAAAUGGCAGCAAACAGCAGAAAAAUUAAAAAGAAAGCUUAAAGAAAAGACUGAUGAACAUGAAAAAUUACUUGCAAAUUAUGAAAAACUUCGAUCUGUCGUUUCAUGUAUGGAACGAGAGAAAUGGUAUUUAAGAAGUAAGCUCAAAUUUGAAAGCGAUAUUGCAUCUGGUACUUCAUUAGGAAGACCCAUUUCAAGUGUCCAGCAUAUCACAGUGGAAGAACAACUGGAGAAAGAAUGUCGAAUAUUGAGAGAACGUGUUAAGGAAUUAACUGACCGCCUAGAAAAAGAAAGUAAUGAACAUUUGAUGUUAGAAAUUGCGGAAUUAAAACGGCAUAAUGCAGCUUUGGAAGCAGUUUCUCAGGGCAAUACAUCUGUAAUUAAUCAGCUUGAGAAGUUAGAAACGACUAAAGAUGCUCUUGAAAAGAUAAACCUCAAGUUAGAAAGUGAAAAUUUUGAGCUGCGACUUGAAUUAGAAAGAGCGAAUUCGGAUACUCCGGGAUUGCGAGAAAAAGUUGAACAUUUGGAAAAAUACAUCAAAUUGUUAAAAGCAGAAAAAUCUUCCGAUUCCAGUCCUAGAUCAUCAGAAAAAGAACAGCCAGAAUCAAACAAUAAAAAAUCUAUCUUUGAAAUGGAGAAAACAAUAUUCACAUUGAAGCGAAUUAUCGAGAAACUUCAGGCAGAAAAUAAAAGAUUGAAAUUUAAUUCCAAAAAGAGUCAUUUUCUAGUCAAUCAAGGAAAAACAAAUCUUAUCGAGAGAGACAUUUCAUUUCAAAGGCAGUAUGAGGAAUCUCAGAAACGUGUAGUAAGUUUGGAGGCAGAUUUACAUUUAGCCGAACAAAGAGUAGCUAUGUUAGAAAAAGCUCAAAAGGAAGAUGACAAAGGAGAUUUUGGAAUCUUGAAACAACAGUUAAUUCACAAAUCCGAGCUUCUGGAUAAAGUAAAACAGUUGUUAACACGGGCUGCCAUAAAUGAGAAGAAUCUACGACAACGCGUACAACAGCUGGAAUCGAAGCAAACUUUAUCAACAAUACCAGAGUGUUAUGUGACUCCACCUACGCCACAAUAAUAUAUGUUUUGGAAAUAAACUAUUUAUGGAUUUGCAAAAAAAAUACACAUUUAUUGAGGUACAAGUAUAUAUAUUUAUUUAACUUCUUUCAAUUAAAAAUUCUUACAAAGCAUUUUUACGUUAUGUAUGUUUAAUUUAUGUUAUGUAUGUUUGGAUUAUAUUGUGUAAUAAUUUUAUAAUAAUUUCAUGUUGCACACACAUAAUAAUUACAUCAAUUUUUGUACAUGCAGGUGCACGAUGUUCAUCACAAACAUUGAUACAAUAUAGUACCAGAAAUACCAUUUUUUACUUAUAAAUUCUUGAAAUAAUAAUCAUAUUUUUUCUUAUUGAUACCUUUAAUUAUUCCAUAUUGUGCAUAUAACAAAGAAAUAAAUUAUUACAAAAUUAUUACAACUAUUAAA